CUUGAAUUUGCCACUCACUUCCUCUGCUCAUGAUUGCGGGUUCGAGGGGUGACAGUGCUGCUCUGCUGUUCCUCUACAGCCUGACAAAAACAUGUUGGACGUACGUAGGAACGUCAAAAUAACUAUUGGGUUGCUCACACAAACACUGCAGGCGAGCUGAGGGGCAAGACAGAACGUGUAAAAAAGAAGAACAUUCAGAUCAACAGAGGAAGGAGGAAGUAAAGAGAAGAAGAGGGGCUGACUGAAAAGAAUGCACUCUUAGAGUUGACUGUGUGUUUUGUGUUUGUUUUUGUGUGUGUGCGCGUGUGAGUGAGAGAAUGUGUGUGAGAGUGUCUGUGUGUGUGUAACCUUUUGCUCCGAUUUUGAAGAAAUGUCUCUGAGACUACCUCGCAACUGGGACUUCAGCACCUUCAGAGCUGAAACUGCCAAGAUAGCUCGCUCCAAGAGUGUUAUGCCAGGGGAAGGGAGUCCCGCAUCCACUCACACUGGUUUUAAGAGAACAAUGGAGAAACCUCUGAAAACAGGCUGGCUGAAGAAGCAGAGAUCCAUCGUAAAGAACUGGCAGCAGCGCUUCUUUGUGCUCAGAGGAAAUGUCUUAACAUACCAUAAAGAUGACAAAGAGAGUGCUGUCCAGGGAACCAUACCUUUGUUUUCAUGCCAAGUUAAUGAGCUGCCAUCAAAUGCAGAUGAUAAAUUCCUGUUUGAGAUUAUCCCAAGUAGCAGUACAGAUAGGGAGCGGGAAACCUAUGUUCUCAUGGCGGCCAGUCAGAGCGAGAUGGACGAGUGGGUGCGCUCCAUUCGCAAAGCCAUCGGAUCACGCUCUAAUGGAGUAUUUGGAAAGAGCCUUCCCGACAUCAUGGUGUAUGAGAAGAAAUUUGGUUCCCGUCUGGUGCCCAUCCUGGUGGAGAAGUGUGCUGAAUUCAUCAGAGAGCACGGUCUGAGUGAGGAGGGCAUCUUUCGCCUGCCAGGACAGGACAACCAGGUCAAACAGUUCAGAGAGGCCUUUGAUGCCGGAGAGAGACCCUCGUUCCCCAGUGACACUGAUGUCCACACGGUGGGGUCAUUACUUAAGUUGUACCUCAGAGAGCUUCCUGAACCUGUUGUGCCCUGGACUCAAUAUCAGGACUUCCUUGACAGCACUCUGAUGCUGGAUGCCGCCACUGCAACUGGCAAGGAAAAGCUGGAGGAACAAAUCAGCCUUCUGCCAAAAGUGAACUACAACCUCCUGAGUUACAUCUGCAGAUUCCUUUUUGAGGUCCAACAAAACUCAAAGGUGAAUAAAAUGAGUGUUGAGAAUCUGGCCACGGUGAUGGGAGUGAACCUUUUCAAGCCGCAAGUGGACGACGCCAUCAGUAUGAUGAAGGGAACACCCAUGAUACAGAAGGUAAUGACGGUGAUGAUCAGGCACCAUGAGCUGCUUUUCCCACCCUCUAAAGACAAGCCACCAUCUCCUCUUCCGAGCAAGAAAAGCGAAAGCAAGAAGAGCAGUAACCCUCGCAGUUUUGUGGGCUGGGAGUCUGCAGAGUGUGAGGUGUCCUCCCUGUCUGAAUCUCCUGAGGAAGAGGAAAUGGACACACCUGAGGAAGAGAGGAAGGACCUGUGGUCACCUAAGAAGCGAUCAGAAGACGCACCUCUUUCUCCUUCCUCUCCAUUUUCAUCCGGAACCGAAAUGUGGCCCGACAGCCCCAGAAAAAGGACGCAAACUUUACCCAGCUUAUGCUGUUCGCCAGCAGGAAAAGGCCGUGAACCUUCUUGGGAUCGCUGGAGCAAGUUCCAGGAGAGCUUUAACGAGAGCGAAGAGAAAACAUUCUCAGAGGACAUCUUUACAUUUUUGGACCUACAGAAAGGGACACUAUUUUCUGUGGGGCAGAAAAGUGAAAAGGAAAAAGUUGAAGGACAGAAGGACAAAGAGGACACAGGCUUGCAGGAGACAGGUCGCGAUGUAGUGGACAAACAGAUAGAUGCUGAAAAAACACAGGCAAAGAGCACAACACCCGUUCCCAAACCUCGGCAGAGCAACAAUGUGACUGCACCGGCUAUGAGAAAAGAGCAGACAGUGGAACCUGUAGCACCUGCUCUACAGAAAAGCAGUCAAGCACAACCAGAAAACACAGACUCAACAAACAUCAUCAACAGUCUCCAGCAGAAGAACCAAGAGCUGAGCGCUACAGUAGCAAAGUUGCAGGCAGCACUAGAGGCAGAACGACGCUGCAAAGCUGCAUUAGAGAUCUUACUACGCAACGCAGAGCGCAGCAGGGAUGAAGCACUUGUGCGCAAUGAGCAGCUGAACCGAGAGAUUCAGGAGUUCCUCAAUAGACCGACUGCUGGACCCUCAUAGGGACACCAUCAAAUGAACAAAGUUCAGUCUAAGUCCUGUCUAGCUCCUCAGAGGAGUACACAACAAGCUGGACAACUCCAUUGAGUUUUACACCAUGAGCUGCUCUGAAUAACGUCUCAGAGUAAGACUAAUGAUAAUGUUCAUAUCUCAGGUUUUGUCCGUUACAGCAUAUGACACCUUAUGUACAGAAAUUACAGAUUUUAUCUCCUUACAAGACAAGAUGUGAAAUAUUGAAGCGAUGCAGUAUUGGACUAAACAGUUUAGAGAUUUAUAAAGAGUAUUUAAUCAACCUUUUGUUUAAAUUUUAUUUUAUUUUCUAAUGGAUCUCAAAAAAUAACUCCCCAACAAAAACUAUAAUGCUGAUCAGAUUUGGUUUUAAAGAGCAUUUUUUCUCAACAAGGAGAAGUCUUGCCCACUUUUAAUUAUUAAUGAUAAAUUAAAAUGAAAUCUAUUGUGGCAGAUGUUUAAAAUAGUUCUUGUUUUUUGUGAUCACUAAACUGUGUUAGACUCCAUCAGGGACACAAUUUGGUGAAAAGGGCAAAAAACACAAAAUGUGGAUUACUGUCAGUAAAUAAACUGCUUUUAUCUGGCUUUUCUUUCCUGCACCUUCACUUCUGUUGUCUGGUUGCAGUCAAAAUGAGAUAGUGUGUCAGAAGAGAUAAAAUGUGACAGAGUGUGAGAGAGAAAUGGGAAGAAUGCUUUCAGAUCAGAAUUCACACAAGAGACCAGGGGACGGGGUAAAAACACUGGGAAUUACGCAAGAAAAAGAAUAGCCAGAUAGCAUUGUGUCUGUCAGCUGUCAUAAUGCUGAUUAAAUGAUAGGGAAGGAAUUUCCUAUUUCCGAUCAGGCUGGAUUGUACAGACAAUGUGCUGCUUAAAAUCAACACAAAGCUGAUAAUGGGAAUAUAUGGUCAGGUGAGUCAUUCAUUUGGACGAUUCCAGUGUGUCCCGUGAUGCUCUUCAGUGGACGUUUCUAGAUGUUUCUCUUGUACACUUAAAUGGAGCUCAUGGCAGUACCACAGUUUCAAAGAUAAGCAACAUGGUCAUCAAGUGUUUCUCCUACGUAGGAAAGAUUAUCUUGAGGAAGAGAGUGAGCACAGAAUGUGACACCACUGGUUACUGGGUCAACAUUUCACGUGCAUGCCCAUUUAUGAACUUAAAUAAUAAUCACCUGUGGAGUAGGCUACUAAAUACAUUUUGAAGAAUGCUGCUCUUUAUAAUGUAAUAAUGGUAUAGAGUUUUAAAUUGCUGUGAUUUUUUUUUUCUUUUAAGUUUUGCACCAAAACAAAUUUGGAAGCAACUUGUAUGCAUGUGUUUGGUUAAAUAUACUAUAUGCUUCUA